GUGUGUGUGUGUGUGUGUGUGUGUGUGUGUGUGUAUAGUCGGCUUCCUGCUGCUGCUCGGUGUCCGCACAGCGUCCGUCUCGUCAGUGUUGAUCGGCUCGCCAUGGCGGAAGGACGCAGAGAACAGCCACAUCCUCUCCUCUCCUUACCACCGGCCAGCAAGCGACCCUGCCUGCGCCCUGCUCCCCGAGGUCCCGGCCCGGGGCCCGGCCACGGCAGCGGCUUGCCCAGCUCCCGAUAUCGUUCUCCGGAGUCUCUUCUGGACUGCGCCGCGAAGGCAGUAGCGGAAAAGUGGGCCUUCGAGAGAGUAGAGGAGCGCUUCGAGCGGAUCCCGGAGCCCGUCCAGCGACGCAUCGUCUACUGGUCUUUUCCCCGCAACGAAAAGGAGAUAUGCAUGUACUCUUCGUUUCAGUGCCGAGUUGCCGGCGAGGAGGGUCCGUCGGCGGCUACCGGUGGGGCUGGGGGUGCUGGGUCCGGAGCUCCCACCGCCGGCGGUGGCGGAGGAUCUACCGCCGGUACGACGGCUACUGUUGGGGCAGCCGGAGCAAUGGGAACCGGAGACGGACUGCCUUUCCGACGGGGUAUCAGGUUGCUAGAGACCGGCUGUGUGGAAAACGUUUUACAAGUCGGGUUUCACCUCAGUGGCACAGUAACUGAACCCGCCACAUCAUCAGAGCCAGAGGUCACCCACAAGGUGGCCAUCAGCUUCGACCGAUGCAAGAUCACCUCCGUCACCUGUGGCUGUGGGAACAGAGAUAUUUUCUAUUGCGCCCACGUGGUGGCACUCUCUCUUUACCGAAUUCGCAAGCCUGAACAGGUGAAGCUGCGGUUGCCCAUCUCGGAGACGCUGUUCCAGAUGAACAGAGAUCAGCUGCAGAAGCUCGUCCAGUAUCUGAUCACAGCCCACCACACUGAGGUGCUGCCCACCGCUCAGAAACUGGCCGACGAGAUCCUCUCCUCCAACUCUGAGAUCAACCAGGUCCAUGGUGCUCCAGACCCGACUGCAGGCGCCAGUAUUGAUGAUGACAACUGCUGGCAUCUAGAUGAGGAUCAAGUGAGGGAGCAGGUCAAACAGUUUCUGUCACAGGGAGGAUACUAUGGCUCUGGGAAGCAACUCAAUUCCAUGUUUGCCAAGGUGAGGGAGAUGCUACGAAUGCGAGACUCCAACGGCGCAAGAAUGCUGACACUCAUCACAGAGCAGUUCAUGGCAGAUCCCCGCCUGUCGCUAUGGAGACAGCAGGGCACAGGCAUGACAGACAAGUGUCGGCAACUGUGGGACGAGCUCGGUGCGCUGUGGGUAUGCGUGGUAUUAAACCCCCACUGUAAGAGCGAGGAGAAGAGCAGCUGGCUGAAGCAACUGAAGAAAUGGGGUGACAUGGAUAUCUGCCCACUGGAGGACGGCAACUACGGCAGCGAGCUUCCAAACAUCACCAACGCUCUGCCACAGAGCAACCUGGCCCAGGACUCUCUGUCCCGGCCAAGGAGGACGGUGUUCAGCCGGGCAGUCGAGGCCUGCGACCUCCACUGGCAGGACAGCCACCUCCAGAGGAUCAUCAGCAGUGACCACUACAUGUCUCCAUCCUACCAGAGAGAGGGGGAGAGCCUGCUGUUUAACCCGCAGGGCCUGCCGCUCUGGCUAGACCAUGUUCCAACGGCAUGCGCUCGCGUCGAUGCCCUGCGCUCUCACGGUUACUCCAGGGAAGCCCUGCGAUUGGCCGUUGCCAUCAUCAACACACUCCGCCUCCAACAGCAGAGACAGAUGGACAUCUACAAACACCAAAAGAAAGAUCUUCUCCAGAGGGGCGUGACUUCCACCACCAACCUGGAAGGCUGGGUGGGCCACCCCUUAGACCCAAUUGGCUGUCUGUUCACCACACUCACCGAAACGUGCCGUGUGGAUGACGACAGCACCAUGGACACUGGAGAAGGUGACCCCAGGCCUCCAGUCUACCACCAUGUACCAGUGUGGGGCAGUCCAGAUGGAGGGGAGUCUUACCUGACUUUGGCCUUAGAGGUGGCUCUGAUGGGUAUGGGCCAGCAGAGGAUAAUGCCAGAAGGCCUCUAUGCUCAGGAUAAGGUGUGUCGUAACGAGGAACAGAUUGUUGCUAAACUUCAAGAGCUGGAGCUGGAUGAUCUCCUGGUUCAGACUCUUCGGAAACAGGCCGUGCAGCUGCUAGAAGCUGGUCCUUUCAGCGGUCUCGGUGAGGUCAUCCACAGGGAGAGCGUUCCCAUGCACACCUUUGCCAAGUACCUCUUCUCUGCCCUGCUGCCACAUGACGCUGACCUGGCAUAUAAGGUGGCACUCCGCGCCAUGAGGCUGCCAGUGCUAGAGUCCUCAGCAGGCUCCGGGGACGUGGGACACCCUCAUCAUGGUAUCUCCAUAGUUCCAAGCAGAUACCCGCGCUGGUUCACACUUGGACACCUGGAGUCUCAGCAGUGUGAGCUGGCCUCCACUAUGCUUACUGCUGCUAAAGGUGACAUGUUGAGGUUGCGGACGGUGCUAGAAGCCAUCCAGAAAAACAUCCACUCCUCUUCCUUAAUCUUCAAACUGGCUCAGGACGCCUUUAAGAUAGCCACACCAGCAGACAGCCCGCCUGAUAUAACUCUGCUCAACGUGGCACUGGAGCUAGGACUGCAGGUGAUGAGGAUGACUCUGUCCACACUGAAUUGGAGAAGGAGGGAGAUGGUUCGCUGGCUGGUAACCUGUGCCACUGAAGUCGGUAUGCGGGCAUUGGUGAGCAUCUUACAGAGCUGGUACACCCUCUUCACACCAACUGAGGCCACCAGCAUCGUUGCGGCCACCGUCAUGUCCCACAACACAAUCUUGCGUCUCAGCCUUGACUACCCUCAGCGUGAGGAGCUGGCCAGCUGUGCCAGGACCCUGGCCCUGCAGUGCGCCAUGAAGGAUCCCCAGAACUGCGCUCUUUCAGCUCUAACGCUCUGCGAAAAGGACCACAUCGCCUUCGAGACAGCCUACCAGAUAGUGAUCGACGCAGCCUCCACGGGUAUGACCUACUCCCAGCUGUUUACCAUUGCAAGGUACAUGGAGCACAGAGGAUACCCUCUGCGGUCUUUCAAGUUGGCCUCCCUUGCUAUGACCCACCUUAACCUGGCUUACAACCAGGACACGCACCCAGCUAUUAAUGACGUGCUCUGGGCCUGCGCGCUCAGCCACUCUCUGGGUAAAAAUGAGCUUGCAGCCAUUAUCCCCCUGGUGGUGAAGAGCGUGCACUGUGCCACGGUGCUGUCUGACAUCCUGCGGCGGUGCACAAUGACAGCGCCAGGUCUCGCCGGCAUUCCGGGGAGAAGGAACUCUGGGAAGCUGAUGUCAACAGACAAGGCACCGCUGCGGCAGCUCCUAGACGCCACGAUCUCGGCAUACAUCAACACCACGCACUCUCGACUGACGCACAUCAGUCCGCGGCACUAUGGAGAGUUCAUAGAGUUCCUGAGCAAAGCCCGGGAGACUUUCCUGCUGGCACAGGACGGCCACAUUCAGUUUGCCCAGUUCAUAGACAACCUGAAACAGAUCUACAAGGGCAAAAAGAAACUGAUGAUGUUGGUCAGGGAGCGUUUCGGCUGACCUUACCCCUCCUUCACAGGGACCCUCUUCUUGGGAAGUAGUUAAAACUUAUUUGUUUCUAUUUAAGGUUUUUUGGAUUCCUUGUAUUUUUACUUCUUAUGUUGAGCCAUUAAGUCUUAAGUUUCUGUCCUGAUUUAUUGUUUUGUUUCUUAAAUGUGAACCAAGAAGUGUUCGCAGUGCAUUGCUCUACUUCAUUGAAACUGCAAAUGGGGAGAUGGCUUGGAAUGUCAAAGAAACAGCAGCAAAGGCAAAGCAUUUUUCUCCUCCAAUUGAUGUUUAAUCAAGUGUGAACAAGUCAAAAGAUUGUGAUGGGAAAAAAAAGGAACUUUUGUUUUUCUGUGGCACAUGACGAUUUAAAAACCAAAAGCUUUUGUUGGAUGGGGUACUUACUUUGAGCCAGAAGACACGUUCAGCUGGAGUUAACAAGAAGACGGGAAGUGGUUUUCAAAGUGGAAGGAACAUGUCAUUCCGAAAGGAGGAAAAAAAAAAAAACCCCUCUGAGGUCAAAAACACACAUAGUGUUACUGUCACACCUUGACUGUAUUAUUUGUCAGCUUUAACUUCUCUAUCAGAAAUGGCCUCUUAUUUCAUUCAGGGCAUCUUAGUGUAGAGAGGACAGAAUACAGAACUACAUAUGUGGUCUCUCUGUAGAAGAAGUCAGUACCAACGGGUUUAUGAACUUAACUAAAGCCAUCCUAGACUAGCUCCUACCCUCUACAUCUGCGGGUCAGUGUUUUUCCUCAACGAUACCUUUAGAGGAAACACCAUGUUGCUUCACAGAGUGCAUGUUUUCGAAUCCAGAAGCCUGACAGUGACAUUAUUCAGGCAGUACUAGCUAAGGUAGAGUAGUUGAGGCUCCACGUGCACAUAUAUAUACAGUAUAUCUCAUAUGUCCUCCUAUAAGCUUAUUAACAGUGACAAUACACAACUGUGAUGAAUGGAGUGGUCACAGUAAGCCCAUCUCCAGAGAUACCACUGCACUGCUGUACAGCUUUGUGUCCAGAAUCAUAUAAAUCUAUAAGACUGCAGCGGUCACCUUUCACUCGCUAGAUCAAGGUUUAGUCAAUAAGCAAUAUAAGUCAAGCCUGUGCUUCAUUUUUAUCACCUGGCAAAAUUCAUUUCAACCUCUUUUGUUCUGUUAAGAAGCUCUGGAACAUAAUGGGACCUUGUUGAUUUCAGCGACUGUUGGUUGUUAACUCUGUCUGUAGCUGAAGUUCCUUUUCCAUCUCAAGAACUUUUUCUGGAACUCGGGAACCUUUUAUUUCUUUGUUUGCCAAAAGCCUUUCAUGAACCCAGAACAUUAACCCCACUUUAAUAACGGAAAUCUGGUCCCAGUUUUGAUUCUUUUGGUCAUAGUUCAUAAGCCUAAAGCCCUGGCAGACAUACAUAAAAUCAGUAGCGGUGAACAUAGCAGAGAAUUUGGCUCAGCAGAGGCCAACAUAGUGCUCCAUGUCUGCCAGAUGAAUGACUUAGCAACUGCUUGCUAACAUGUUAACCAUAGUAACUUUUCUGUGUUCUUAGCUUAUUCCAUUACCAAGAACAUUUUCAAAAUAAUCAUUUAACAGUGGUUCAGUUAGUGUCUGGAUAAACUAAACAACAACAAAAAAAGGGUAACUUUUAGCAACUUUAAAAACCAUAAUAAUUGGAGUCAUUGUCCUUAUUAUGGCCAAAAAUGAACAUAUUUAAUUCGGUUGUUCCUGAUUCUUUUUUAUUUUUUUUUAUUGUUUUUUUUUUCUCCAGUUCCUCGGUCUUGUUAUGGAAAAGGGUCUAUAGUUACUGAAGUGACUGUGAACGCUACUGGUUGUGAUCAUUCUGGACUUUGAAGACAAGUGGCCUUCUCUUUCAUUGUUAGAUACACAGUGCAAGCAAACAAAAAAUGCAGUGUAUUUUAGGACUUGAUGACAUAAUAUGUACAUGUACAUAUGUGAGACCACAUGCCUUGGCACAGGAAGUAAUUCAUUUCUUUGAGGGAUGUUCAUGCAUCUUUUUCUUAACCAAUGGCAAAGUGUUGUUAAUGGCCGUGUACAGUACAGCAAGAGCUUGAAUCUUUACUGGUCGGACUAGACGUCAUCGUACAAGCACUUCGCACAAAUACCUCUUCAGUACGUUCCUGCCUGCUUCAGCAUUUAUUUAUUGAUUGUUUGGGAACUUUGUAUGACUGAGUAGGAAUCGCAGACACGCAAGUACAACACAGCAAAUGAGUCAUCCUUUCGAUGGCAGGGCGAUUAAAGAAAAGGGUUUUUGAGUGGAGGGACAUUUUCUCGUCUGCUUUUACAUUCCAUGAGAGCUACCUUCACCCACUACCCGGGUAGUCAGUCACAACUCUGGGCCUUUUUGAUCUGAAGAAACACAGAUAGAAGAAUGAGGGGAAAAAAGGAAAACUGAGCAAAAGAAAGAAAAGAGAGGCUAAACUCAGUUCUCAGGGACAUCACUUAAAGAAACAAAACAAAAAGUAGUAGCAUUAAGCAUUUAAGAUAUUGUAAAUAUUAAAGUGUCAAUUCAGAAAAUUGUAAAGUUAUAAUUAUUUAUGAUAAGUAUGUUAUGUGUUUGUUUUUUGUUUAUUUUUUUCUCUUUAUAUAUUUUUUUUUUUUUGCCAGGGGUGUACUUGAACUGUUUUGGAUGGUGAAUUUGACAAAUUCUUUUUUUUUUUUUUUUUUUUUUUCUUUUAUUGUCAGAGCAAAGACUUCAAGGCAUUUCUCAGGUGCUCCUGUGUACAUUUCUUUCUGUUUGUUUUUGCUAUAAUAACUAUUAUUAUUUGUAUUUUUCAUUUGAAUUUUUAAAUUUGCAAAGAAAAAAAAAACUGUUUUCCCAAAGGAAGCAUGUCAUUCGGAGUAGAGGAGAAUGAGGAAGGCAUUCAUUUGUAAACAGUACAAACCUGACUAUGCAGAACCACUUCGAUGGUCUUGACGCCUCUUGAAGAUGCCCCCAGAAAACGUAAAAGUGUGGAAGAGACACAGCGGACUGAACCACUAUUAAAGAGAGGAGGGUGGGGCGGGGGUGCAAAGACGAGACCCAGCAUGCUUGUAUUUGGACAAUGCGCAGUAGCCAGCCUGCAUACGCUGCAACAUUUAAUGGAGAAAAAAAAAAAAAGAAAUGAAAAUGGUGGGAAAUGCCUUUCUGACCGAUCAAUGUACAAAGUUUAUUUUUUGCUUUACUUCUUUGUUGGUUUUAUUUAAUCAGGACUCAAGCCUUUAGUGUCUUCUCAGAAGUGUCGGGUCAUGUGGCGCGGCACCGCAGUGAGACAGAACAAUACACAAAUGUCAGAGAGUCUGAAACGGCGACUGUGUGAACAAAAGAGACAGUCUGUGGAUGACCUUGUGUUCAUUCCUCGUUGAAACUUUUUUGAUUGCUUUAUAAACUCCCCUCAGCCUACGUAGCUGGCUGAGUUCACCUCUUCUAUCUCAUUACCAUAGUUUUUUUUUUUUCUUUUUGUAAACUUCAGUUCAUUGCCUCACUCCCCCUCACACUGGGAGGAUUUUUGAUUUGAAGCAAUGCAGCGAUGUGUCAGUGACCAGCUUUCAGCGCAGCCACCUCCUCUGUUGUCCUGCCCUCAAGCACAAGAGUCAUCAGUGCACUGCAGCAGCCUCAUAUCUGCACAAAGUCAACUUUUGACAAAAACUAGACUUUCUGCUGUUGCUGCAACGGCUAAAUGAGGAAUUUAAAAAAAAGAAAGAGGUUGAGUUCAUUUUUUGGCUGCUACAUUAGCACGAUAAGGAUUUUUUUCCUAAGUCAUAGAUGGAAGAGGGAUUUUAUUUUCCCACUUGCUUAACGUGGAAGCUCCAUCUAGCUGCCUUUUAUGUGAUGCGUUAACUGGUAGCAUUACAACAAAGAAGUUCCUCCCUCUAACUUGAUCUCUGUUUCUCGGUCUGUUUUAACUGUAUCAGCCGGUUCCUGAUGUUUAGUUACCCCCCCCCCCCCCCCCCCCUUCUUUCUUUAGUAGGAGAGUACUAUAUGCUGGUAGAGAUCUAGUUCACCUACUGUUUCCCAGUUUGUUUUGUUUUUGAAUUCUCUCUAACUUAAGGGAAAAUUGAAAGUGUUUGUUGCCUCUUUGUGCUACUGAUUAUGAAAAGGUAUUUCCAGUAUUUGUUGCCACAGAAGUAUGAUAGCUUAUCAUCAACACUUGUUUGUUUUUUUUUUUAAUUUGUAAUUUUUUUGUGCAACUUCUUGAGCUACUGUCUAUAAAGCGAAAAUUUAAUACUAUUUAUGUAAUGCUACUACCAUUUUAUAUUGAUUUGUGUUGGAAUCUCAGUGCUUUUCUAUGAAUAAAGUGUGAAACACA